CGAACUCUGUUGCCUCGACGGCGUCUUCAUCGCCAUCAACACACUUCGGCACCGUACGGCAUCGAAGGAUGGAUCCACUCAGCAUAUCAGCAAGUAUCGUGGCAGUGGGCGGCGUCACGCUGAAAUCUGCCCUAGGAUUGCUCAGUGUUAUCCGAGAGUUUCGAAGCCAAAAUAAGGAUGCUCGGGCCCUGAAGUCUGAAGUCAACGAUUUGGCCGCCGUCUUAACCUCGCUGCUCGAAACUAUUACGACGACUCCGCAACUCGAUCUACGGGCCUUAGAGCGCCCGCUCCAGCGGUGUGGGAAUGCAUGUGAUGAGUACCGCCAGCUCAUUGAGCGUUGUAUGAAACACUCCAGCGAGAAUUCACGGAGUUUCAGAGACUGGAUCUCGCAGAAGUAUCUACAAGGGGACAUCAAUGACUUCAGGUCGAUGAUAGCCGCCCAUAAAUCGACCAUCAAUAUUGCCUUAGCAAAUGCAAACUUACGGAUCGCUGCUGUACCACCCGAAGUCCUCGAGGAUUACAAAGAUCUGAUCUCUGAUACCACAAGUGAUCUCAACAACCGGAUGCAGGACAUCAACCAGAAAAUCGAACGGCUCAAAAAUGGUGAUCCGGCUGCCAUUAACGACAUCGCAUUAGAGUGGCAGGCCAUGCUGGAAGAGAAAGAAAGCACUCAGCAAGGUCUCCAGAUGUGCGCUCAACUGUCGAACUACAUCCUGCAGUUCGAAAUAACUUCAAAGGAGCACCCACAGUUUUCCGGGAGGCUUUCCGCGCACAAGCAUAUGAAAACCGGUCUGGGCGAGAUCAGUAACUCUAUCCAAUCUCUUGUGUCCCGCCUCCAAGCUCAUGAAGCUACCAUCAGAAAACAAGUGGAUACAAUGUCUCUGGAUGAAUCGCUCUCCGAUUCCAUUGCCGAGCAGCUGGCACUGCUUCAACAAACAAAGGACAGCAUACAUCAGUGCAUUGAAAUCGUUUCAGAAGCGGGGAAACUCGUGGACGAGAGGAGCAAUGUGUUUGAAGACAUAACUCUGGCCGAUAAUAGCUAUGCGUUUUCCGUGUCGACCGUAAACGACCUUGUUACAGCUCGGAGGUUGGUCCUUAAAGGGCGAUCCAGACAUUUUGGAGGACAGGUAACGGAUGAUACGGUCGUCAAAUCGAUCGAGGCUCUCACGAAUCUGGAUCUAGAACACUUGAAGUCGACCAGAGACACCGAGAAAAACACGCCAGAUUCCGCCUCGGACUCCCGAGUCUCCCCCGAGUACCUUGGACGAUAUGGUCCAGGUGUAACAGUUAGCUCCCGCAACGCGGGUUGACGGGCUGAAUUUACAGGGUUUUGCAAUUCCACGGUCCCGUAUGGUGAACUACCGGCAACGUCGUGAAUUGCAAAGCGUUUCGACUUUGAAAUAUCUCUCUACGUGGUUAAUCCUGGCCUAAGUUCUCC